AUGGCUCUUGAAUAUGUUGCUACCGAAAUGAGCAUAAAAGCCGAAACCAACUCGAAAUUAGUUCAAAGGAUUGCAAAUAUCGAAGAUGGUCAGGAUGUUCUAGCGAAGAACAAGUUAAAGUUGCAACACCUUUCGACACGGUUAGGUGAAUCAUCAAUUUAUUUUAAUUCUUUAGAUGCCAAUAAAGCAAAACUCUACCAUGGUAUCAUAGAGUUGCUGAGAAAACGAAAUGAAAAGAAGCACAACCUAGAGGACAAGCAAGACCAAAUAAACAGUGAUGGUAACGUAAACUGGUUGAAAGAGUUCAGAUAUAUAGGCGAUACAGAGAAACGAGUAGCAGAUCAACAGCAAUUACAGCAACUGCAGAAACAAAUACUAAAGCAACAACAGGAGCAAUUACUGCGCCAACAAGGAAAAAGGAAACAACAACAGAAGCUGCAGGAAGAAGAACAAAAACAAAAAUACCUAGUGGACCUACAGCAAAUGAUGUUGCAACUUCUGCAAAAACAAAAGCAAUUAAAGAAAGACAGAGAGAAAAAAUUACUUGAACUACAGUUCCUUCUUUUACAACAACGUCAAAUAGAGAAACUGCAACUACAAUAUCAACAAAACAAUUAG